UCUCUCCUCUCGCUACUGCUUCUCACUGGGUAAAGGGUGAAAAAAUUCGAUGAACCCAGAAGAUGAGCGAUACCCGAAACCUCCUCCUGGUUCUUCUGACCGAGGAAGAGCUAAAGGUAAGGCUCCUGCUGGUGCUGGGUCAUCUUCUUCGGCUGUUUCGUAUGUGAUGGGUUCGGAGGCAUUGCCUUCUGGGUCGUUCUUUGAUAUGGAGAAGAUUGGCUUCUCUGGGUCUUCUUCACCUCUCAUGGAGUUCGAGGCGUUCUCUCCUUUGAACCUCGCCUCGUCAUUCGACAUGUUCGAGUUAAAACCGGAACCUGUUUUCGAAACAACUCCUCUCGGGCCUCCAUUUAGCACUAGUGUAGCAGAAACAGAGGAGGUGGGACUUCCGGUGAGAGGCGGCGACAUGGAGACUACUGUUGGUGCUCCUCAGCCUUUGGAGAGCCUGCAGGGUACUCCAAUCCCACCUUUUCUUUCGAAGACCUUCGAUUUGGUCGAUGACCGAUCGCUGGAUUCGAUAAUAUCAUGGGGGUCGAGCGGCCAGAGCUUCGUGGUUUGGGACCCCGUUGAAUUUGCCAGGAUUAUACUCCCACGGAAUUUCAAGCACAACAAUUUUUCCAGCUUUGUUCGGCAGCUAAAUACUUACGGGUUCCGCAAGAUUGACACUGAUAGAUGGGAGUUUGCUAAUGAAGCUUUUCAGAGAGGGAAGAGGCAACUUCUAAAGAACAUGCAGAGACGCAAGUCGCCUCAGACACAGCAGAUCGGAAGCUACUUUGGACCUUCCAGUGAAGCGGCGAAACCUGGGUUGGAAAUUGAAGUUGAAAUGUUAAGGAAGGAGAAGAGUAUGUUGAUGCAGGAGGUAGUUGAACUGCAGCAGCAGCACCGUGGCACAGCUCAUCAUGCAGCAGCAGUGAAUGAGAGACUUCAAGCUGCUGAGCAAAGACAAAAGCAGAUGGUUUCAUUCAUGGCAAAAUUGCUUCAAAACCCCUCCUUUGUAGCGUGUUUGAGGGAAAAGAAGGAGCAGAGAGAAAUCGGUUCUUCAAGGGUGAGGAGGAAGUUUCUCAAGCAUCAUCAGCCAGAGGAUGUUGAAGCAGCACCCUCCACGGAAGGGCAGAUAGUCAAGUACAGACAUGACACGGAGACUGUUGAUGCAUCUUGUGGAUUUCCUAUUUUGAAUCCUGUCGAAAACGCUAAACAUCUCCCUGAAGUUUCAACUGGCACAGAUUUAUGUGAACAGAUCAUUUCGCCUCAAGUUGAGGAUGUCAUGUCAAGAGAAACAACAGCGCCACAUGAUGUAGCAUCUGUACAGGGCUAUUUCAAAACUCGAGAUCUGCUCAGAGAGGGGUCAUCAAGCUUGGGAGCUGAUCCUCAAUUCAAGGGGAAGAGUGUCAUUGAGAGCCCAGGGCAAGAGUUCUCUCCUCAGUACUUUGUCUCUUUCCCAGAGGAACUGGCAGAGAGGAAGAACUUUCCAGAUUUCUCAUCGGGAUUUGAAAGCAUGAUUAAGCAAGACGAGGUAUGGGGCAUGGGUUUUGACGUGAGUGCUGGUAUGUCUAGUUCUAGCGGUGUGGUAUGGGGUAAUCUUGCUCAAUAUGAUGCACCUGAAGUGGGAGUUACUGGUGGGCUAUCUGAUAUAUGGGAUUUAGGAUCAAUGCAAGCAUCUGAGCGUGCAGACAUUGAUAAGUGCCUGGCUGAUGAAUCAACCUGUGAUGAGCGCGAGGGUCGAGCUGGCCAGCAUAAAGAUGAUAUACAUAGGAAAAUGGAUCCAUAGGUUGCCAUUUAUGUUGCCAAUUGGUGACGAUAUGGAUUUUAGUGGUUGUUAGUUUAUGGCUUCUAUGCUCCUAGAUGGAAAGAAUAGACACUUAUUGAUUAGUAAAAGCUUCCAUUCUUUAUUGAUUUGAGUCUUGGUUAUCUGCAAGUUUUCUGGUUCAGCUGAUUCUCUUACAUAAGUUUAUGUCCUUAUGAGCUGCACCAGAGUUGCAGGGCUUUCGUAAGCUCACAAUGUCCUUCCCUUUUAAGUCGUGAAAAUUGCAGGUACCUGACCUUGGAUGGAGAUGGACGCUUCCAUGGGAGUUUGGUUGCUUCUGAACCUGCACUGCACUGUAAUGGUUCACGAACUUGGUGAGUCGAUCCUUUUCACACCACUUGAUCCUUUGCCCUGAUUUACAAUAUCAGUCUUUCAUGGUGUUGUGACAUUCUAGCACACCUUUUUCACCCAUUCAAAUUUGAUCAUGGAGGCAAUUUUAUCAACUGCGCACAUUGAUACGAGUCUUCAUGGUACUUUCAUAUGACACGAGGUGAUUGCUCUUUCCAGUUCUAACUGUAUCAAUAGACUCUGCAAUAGUUGAUUAUGGUGAUCACAGCCCCAUUUCAUUUCUGAAAUGCGUCGAUUGAAGACAAAGCAUAGGGAGAUACUGAGAUAGCCAACCAAACGGAGCAUUUGUUCAGACAGCCAGCAAGAGAAUGCUGGCUUGGCUAAUUGUCCUUGUUAUCUGAGCAAAUAUUCCUGAACUUGAUGGAGACUAGAUAGGCUGUAGUAACCAAAUGUUAGCUGAUACAUCAUUGAAACUCACUGAAUGGAAGUUGGUUCGAGGGAAUCAAAGAGGCGACAAGCUGAAUAAACAGCUCUUCGAAAGGUUGCAGAAUUAUAUAUCCAACUAUGUCAAAUGAACCCAUUAGCUCACUGCAUACUCAGAAAACCAUCUGAAGGUACAAUUCAGCCAAUUCAAAGGGAGUAUUAGUUGGUUAUUUGGUUGGCAGUGACAUAAUAUGAGAUCCAAACCAAGAUCCUAUCAUACAGAUUUUUGUGAGGUUAACAUAUGCAAAGAAGAGAUUCUGUUGUGCCCCAACUUGGUAUGAUGACCUGCUAACUGCAAAUCAAACUUUCAGAGUCCACUCUUGUAAUUCGAAGGUGACUAUGUUGGACCCACUACAGAUGAAAUCUCUGUAGGAACAUUUCUUUACUUGGGAACUACUGAAAGUUUGUUUGAGAAAGUUUGUUUCUUGCUAGGAUGGUUGUCACAUGGAAAGAAAAGGAAGGUUGGUUUCCGAAGCUUUCGGUUGACUUUUACUGUCUUGCAGAGUUAGUAUUAGAAGUAAUCGUUUCUAUAUGCUGUGUUUCUUCUUCAAUUAUCUUGUUGGCAAGAAAGCGCUUUGUUUUGGGUUCUUUUAUUUUUCUUUAUAAAUUCCCUACUGACAUAAGAACUAACAGAAGUUUCCAUGCUCCCGGUGGUUCUUUCUUCCAGUGAACUCAUUUUCCGAGCUUAUAUUAUGAGCAAGCUCGUAUUCUCCUCCUGCAGGUUCCGAUGAAGAUGAUCUUCAAUCUAGACAAAUUUCUUGAUCAGAAUCAUGUGUUUUGGUGCAAGUGCAGCUGCAUCAAUGAAGAUCAUCCCUAUUUGGUCCACCUUUGAGGACGGCAUUUUACAUGCCCGCCAUCGUUUAGAUUACAUAUUGUUUCGUGAGCGAAAAGUGCAGUUGUUUUUUAUCUACUGGUAGUUGAUUCUCAAGCCAGCUAUGAAGCUAUUGAUGGUGAUGGCAGACUACCAUCACCAUCAAUGAGACUAUGUUCAGCAAUGUAAUGAGCUCCUGCUAUCACUUUAUAUUCUUCA